GAACAUCUUCUUCGAGUGUUCGUGUUGUAGACGAUGCGAUGGGGGAAAUGAUUUCGAAAGGAACUGAUGGUUCUUCUCGAGAACAACGUGCACAGCAAGGGGCUUCGUCCAUGGAGAAUAGUAGUCCAUCUCUAAGCAGUAAGAAAUUUAUAGGUAUCGGAGAGCAACAAGUAAAUUCUGUGCAAAGAUAUCCAAGUAGUGGGCGUGCUGCUACUGGAGCGCAAAAAGGGGUUUCCGUUCUAUUGCCAGCUGGGGAUGACUGCGUGCGUUUUUUCGAUCCGUUGAGACAACCUCUUGAGGCCUUAGCAACUGCGGAUAUAGCGGGGACUGUUUCCUCCAAGUUGAAUCUGCUUGGAGGGAAUCAUGGAGGUAGUCCAGGAGGCGGAGUAGCGCAGCAAAAUGAAGAUGUAGGAAUUACAUCCCCAGGAAGGGUGGCAGAGGGAGAUAGGGAACAACAACGCGAGGAAACCAACAGCACGGUCACUCACGAACCAGAAGCUUAUUAUACUCGGGCUUCGGCGAUAGCUUGCGAGAAUCGCAAAGGGACAGCACUUGGAGGUGAGGAUCCUUUCUUACUGGCAGACCAGGUCUCCGCUUCUAUUUUAAUAUCAACAAGAACUGUUACGCCUACGCUAGGUCGUAUGGUAAACGGAAACGAUAAGCUAGAAGAUGUUGAUCUGAUACAAGAAGUGAACACGUCUAGUACUUCUUCGCUUUUCAUUUGUGAACAGGACUACAGAUACAAUUUCAGUAAGACCUCUUGUGAUGGACAAGGGUAUGGCACAACGAGCACGACUGGACUCGGAAAAG